AAGUGCAAACUGAUGGGUCUCGAUAUUUUUGAUGGCCUUCCGCACUUGGAGUUGGGGUUUAGAUUGAUCAAAAUGUCCGAAAUUUUUAGUUGCCAAUUUUAUGUUGUCGAUGUUCAGGGGUCUAUGAAUGGCAUUCCUUACGUCCAGAUGACUCGGUGCGGAACCGACUUGAAAGAUGCCAUACAAAAAUUCAUUCCAAUCUUGUGUGAACCCUCGAUGCCUAAGCUCGAAUGUCCGUUCAGAGGAGAAGUCUUUCAUGUCAACUCCAAGGCAUGUGCAUGGUUUCGACAAUAUAGCGAUGAUGCCUUAGCUUAUAAAAUUGCCCAAACUCUGCAACGGUAUCAGAAGUUGGAAAAUUCCAGAAAAAUACAAAUGAAGCUGUUUGGCCUGCAUGACACCAAUGUGGAUCAAUGUGAGUCCGAAAGUAGCAGUCGUAGCAGCAGCCUCGCAAGUUUCCACAACUCCAACAACACAAUUUCAACUUCGGUAUCGCAAGAAGUUAAGAAGCAAAUAUCGUGGAAGGGAAGUAUUUUUGUCACACAAUAUGAGGAGGACUUGUAUCGAGUAAAGGUGACACGUUUGCUGCAAAGAAAUAAGGUUGAAGUAGAAUUCAUUGAUUUCGGCAAUAGAGACACCGUUUCUAAGAGCCAAUUGAUCCCAGCAAGUACAAUUGACGAAAAUCUCAACUUUAUUCCGGCUCAGUGCUUGAGAGGCCGUAUUGCUGGAUUUUACAAGAUAAAUGUAUCCCAAUUUUGGCGUUUGAUGCCGUCCAGGUCUCAACCAGCAGUAAAUAUUGUAAUCAAGAACAUGAAAGGGGAUGAAGAGAAUGGGAUGGAAAUCGAAAUUUUCAGACUUCACGCUGAGACUUCAAUUAGUGAGACGUGGAGGGCCUCGUCUCCAGAAAGCUUGGUAUUGGCUUGGUACAACCUCAAGCCGGCAGAGGAAAACUCAACAGGUGCAACUGGAAUUCGGAAUGUCUCCCAAUCAAGACUUGCCCUGGAAGGACGCAAUUUGGAUCAUAUUCAAAAUUCAUUGGCACAUUUAAACUUUGAACCCUGCAGGCACUAGCGCUCAUGAGUGCACUCCGAGCCGCCUAUGGUGAUAUUUGAAUCGAAUUUACGUAGCAAGGGUAGAAGUAGAUAUGUAUGUAGAGUUUUUGUAUGUAGGUAAUUUUUGCUGGUGAAAGGUUUUUACAGAGGAGCCAAAAUAUGUACAAAGUCUCCUAAUGGGGUUGCAUUAUCGUGUUGUAUAUUCAUUGUUUGUUUUUUGGAAA